AUGGAAUCGCAGAAGCCAUUUCACGUUAUCAUUGUGGGUUGUGGCUUGGUCGGCCUCACCGCAGCGCACAUCUUUUCAAGAGCCGGUAUCGACUUUACCGUCCUAGAGAAACAUGACACUGUGGUGUCUCUCCAUGGGACUACGUUGGCGUUAUGGCCUCAGACCCUCCGCGUAUUCGACCAGAUGGGUCUGCUCUCGGCAAUUCAGCCAAGCCUAGAUUACGUCAAUGAGGUGAUUACACUUUCAACCAAGGAUGCCCGCAUCAGAAUGAGGGAUGAUACGGUUACCUUAGUAGAGAAAAAUCACGGCCAUGGGAUCAGAAUUACGCACCGUCCUGAAUUAGUCAAGUUCCUCUAUGAGAGCUUGUCGGAGACAGUAAAACCCUUCAUCCUACUCGAAAAGCGUGUUGUGGAUAUUAAACUCUUAGAGGAUGGCGUGAAAGUUCUAUGUGCUGGCGGAAGCACGCAUGAGGGCUCUAUUGUCGUAGGAGCUGAUGGCGUACGCAGCAACGUUCGGGUCAUCAUGAGAUCUUUAGUGAAUGAUAAAAGGCCAGAGAACCUUCCACAAGACCAGAGAUGCCCGUACACUCCGACAUAUCGGCUAUAUUUUGGAAGAAUCCCUGUCCUCCCCGGGUUAGCUGCCAACACAAGGUAUGAUGGAACGUGUGACGGUUUAUCAACUCAAAUCGUUACCGGCACGGACAGAGCCUGGUUUGGCGUUUAUGAGCACAUCAGGUCACCCACACCGACAGUCACAAGAUAUACGGAAGCCGAUAAGCUUAAGAUCUUAGAUAGAUGCGGUCAUCUCUAUAUGGCGCCGGGGUGGAAAGUUCAUGAGGUGGAUGCUAAUCGGAUUGGAGACACGGGGCUCAUCGACCUUGAAGAGGGAUUGAUAAAGAAAUGGGCUUCCAAACGUAUCGUCCUUGUUGGCGACGCUGUUCGGAAGCUAGAGCCUCACGCUGGCUUAGGAUAUAAUAGUGGUGUAACAGACCUUGUCGUACUUGUAAACGGUCUACGGCGGUUAUUACAACAUGAUAGAACCCCAGACAUGGAGGCUAUGAAGGGCUUAUUCGAGGCCUACGAACACGAGCGUUUAAGAGACACGAAAAAAAUGGCUGGGAUCUCGUCAAAAACUGCCAGACUGCUCGCAUGGUUAUCGUGGAAGGAUAGAAUCACCGCGAAGUAUCUUCUGCCUAAUAUUCCAUUGAGUAGAAUUUCCAUUAACAAUACGAUUGGGCCAUUGAUCAGCAAAACUCCUGUGUUGGAAUGGUUAGAAGAGGCCGCACUUCCAAGGUCUCUUAUAUCUUGGAAACAUCACCCGAUAACUCAAAGGAAGUUUGACGAAAGGAGUCAUGGAGUUAGAUAG